CAGAGGAAGCAGACACACACACACAAACACACAAACACACACACACACACACACACACAAACACACACACACACAACACACACACACACACAAGUACGAUGGACUCACAAAGUCAAGAUGAGCCGCUGGAGGACGACACGUUUCCUGACUGGUUUCAAAACGUGAUCCAGUCCAUCGAGGAUGGAUCCUGCGGAGAUACAGUGAACUUGACUCGUGCGAAACUGUCACAGGAGAUGUGCCAGCGUCUGGCAGCAGCUCUGCUGAAGACUUCAUACCCUUUGAAAACCCUGACCUUGGCCAGGAACCACAUUGGCCCAGAAGACAUGAAAGCACUUGCACCAGCACUUGGGAAGCUGCAGAGUCUACAGUCACUCAGCUUGAGUGCCAACAACUUCGGCCCUGAAGAGAUGAAGGUACUUGCACCAGCACUUGAGAAGCUGCAGAGUCUACAGUCACUGGAUUUGAGUGACAACCAAAUUCGCCCUGAAGGCAUGAGGGCACUUGCACCGGCACUUAAGAACCUGAAGAGCCUACAGUCACUCAGUUUGAGGUACAACCAAAUUGGAUCAGAAGGCAUGAAGGCACUUGCACCAGCACUUGAGAACCUGAAGAGCCUACAGUCACUCGAUUUGAGUGGCAACAGCAUUGGCCCAGAAGGCAUGAAGGCACUUGCACCAGCACUUGGGCAGCUGCAGAGUCUACAGUCACUCAGCUUGGCUAGGAACCACAUUGGCCCAGAAGGCAUGAAGGCACUUGCACCAGCACUUGAGCAGCUGAAGAGUCUGCAGUCACUCAGUUUGAGUGGCAACGACUUUGGACCAGAAGGCAUGAAGGCACUUGCACCAUCACUUGGGAAGCUGCAGAAUCUACAGUCACUCGACCUUGACUCCUGCGGCAUAACCGUCCUGACCACGGACUUCCUCCACACCGAACACAUUCCCAACAUCCGCUUCGGCUUCGAUCCCAUCGCCUACCCACCACCCUCAAUCAUCACGUUUGGCCGACCUGCCAUCUACGCCUACCUCCGUGAUGUUCAACGAGGCCACGAACUGCUGACGCGAUCGCGGCUCGUCUUCAUUGGUGAUGGCGGUGUCGGCAAGACCACGCUCAAGACAGCGCUUCUCAUGCUCCACAACAAAAGCAAGCAUCGAACGAAGUUGCUCAAAAAGGUUCAAGGGGCAGCAAAGGCAGCGUUCAAACACUACACUGAGGCCGAUUUUCGGCACUGGAUCGACAAGGACCUUGCGCAACAGGAUGGCUUCUUCGACAAGCACUUUCUCGACGCACGCGACGUCACGGGCGACGAUUUCCUGACGUGUUCGAAGCAGGAGCUGAAGGAUACCAUCUUCUGCAGUGAGAGCCGAGGGCAGGCAGUGAAGCGUGUGCAGCGAAAGCUCGCGGAUGUGCACCGGUUUCUGCUUGCCGAAGACGUGACGUUGCACUUGAGUCAGAGGCGACCCUUUCAGCUGCUGCUCCAAAUCCCACACGUGUGGACAGAAGGCGUUCACGUGGAUGAGUGGCGCAUUUCAAAAACACACCAUGAGGACGACCCCACAAGCACGACCAGAUUCGACUUGUGGGAUUUUGCUGGCCAGCUUGAGUUCUUCCCUGCCCACCAGCUCUUCAUGGCCUCGCACAUGGCCGUGUACAUUCUGGUGUUCGAUGCCUCCAAGGGUUUCAAGCAUGCGCAUGCUCGCAUUCGCGUAUGGUUGGACCUGCUCGAGGCAUGCCUUCCAUACAACGGUGAUGGUGCUGCAGAUGCCAUCCAAGUGCGGCUUGUCGCCACCAAGACCGAUUGUGCGCGUGAGGAUUUGGGCCUGCAGCAUCUGCUGCAAACACUUCAGCGCCGUGUCGGCAAGCGGUUUGACCUUGGAAGCCGCUGCUUCGCCACGCGCUACAACGAGCCAGAUGGCGGAGAUCUGACCGCGCUGGAUGCAGAGCUGUGGGCACUGCGCAAGCAAGGGGUGCCGUACUUCCAAGUGCCCAAGGCGUACAUGGCGAUCAAGGAGGGCGUGGAAAAGUUGGCGAGACACAAGGAGAUUGACGUCAAAGGCAAGGACCGUGACCUGAUUCUUGGCUUCCUCCAAGAUGCUGGCGUUGUGCGGCGUAUCCCCUCUGACAAGGACGAGUGUGUGGUCAAACCAGUCACGUGGCUGAGCAAGCUGAUGGCUUCCAUCUUGCACCCACUUCAUGGUCUGAAGAUGGCACGUGCUGCGGAUGAUUCAAGCGACCGUACUUUCCUGCCUGGCGUUGAGGGUUCCGAAGCUGCCAGUGUGUUGUCAUGCCGUGAUGUACCCGUUCCAGUUGAGCGUGGGCAAGGUUUGCUUCCAUUUCUGGCGUCCUUCGGUGUUUGCUUUCCUCUGGAUGGCCAGCGAUACACCUUCCCCGCUCUGUUGCCGCGCGCACGUGUGCAUGGGAAGAUCGUGGAGCGACUCAACGCUCGUGCCGAUGCUCAUGGCGCUGGCAUUGCCGGACGUCGUCUGCAGUGCUUGGACGAGCAGCAGUUUCUGCCGCCAACGUGCUGGCCGGCCGUGGUGAAGGGAUUAUUUUAUGUUGUGAAAGAGCUGAAUGGAGACGCCUUGCACUUGAGCAAGGGCAUAUUUGUGGCGAAGAUGAGCGACAACAGCUACCUCGCCACAUGUGUGACGGAUGUCAAGCACAGACGUGCGCUGGACGUCGUCGCGGUGGGCGCUGACUCAUUUCUGCUUCAUCUGGCCAUGCUCGUGGUUGUAGACGCUCUGCACAAACAGUUUCCAUCACUUCGACUCCAGAAGCGCUGCCUACUGGUGGCCGGUGCUGAUGAUCACGAACGAGAACACCACGUGUUGCUGAAACGUGCUAUCACAACGCGGGCUGUUCACACGGCGGUGAAGUCGACAAGUGAGGCUUUGGAAGGACUUGCUGCUCCCGCAGGAGUAACACCGCAACUGCAUCAACUUUACGUUCGACGCUUGGAGCAGUCGAAGCUGGUAUUCAGGGAUCGCGACUCUGGCUCAUUGAGGCUCGUGUACUUUCAUGAGCACUGGCUCGCACUCCUGACAGACCCGGAGCUUGUGAAAGAGAAGAACAUCCCAGAGGCGAGGCAGACAGCGAAGAUGUGGCAGCUGUUUGCGGACGUUGAACGCGAGAUUUUCUUUUUAAGCGAUGCGGAAAUGAACAACCUUGCCACGCGCUGUGGGAUGAAAGACACCCGAAAGUUAGAUGGACUAGGCCUCAUCCAUUGGCUGAAAUCAAACUGCCCAAAAGGCAGCAACCUGCCGUACCUUUCACCCGACAGCGACCUGGAGCCGCUGCGAGCAGCUGCUGAGGGCGCUCUUGGUGAACGGCACAAUAUUUGUGUCAACACGCGCGAAUGGCAGCGAUUAUUUCAGAAGGAAAACGCCUGA